AUGGGCUGCGGAUCGUCAAGUUUGAAGGGAUCCGACAUACCCAACCUCAACAGCCAACCUACGACGGUGACAUCAGCACAGCAGAUCAAAAAGAUCGGGACCAACUUCUCCGACGUCGAUUAUGACCAAAACGCCCGUCAGCGGCGCAUGACCGAGUAUGCGCCGCAUGAGCAACCUCCUCCGCGGAUGAGGGAGGAGAGUCGCGACAUUGGCGCGACCGAACAGAGCACGGUCGCCUGGGAGCAGUGGCAGCAGGAAUAUCAAUACGACACCCGCCCUGAUCGCCCGGGGGAGAACUCGGGUGUGUUGACGGGCCAUCACGGUGGGAACGACAGGACCAUGUCCGGCAGCGGGCCCGCGGAUCGGAACAACAACAACAACAACAACAACAACAACAACAACAACAACAACAACAACAACAACAACAACAACAACAACAACGAUGGAGAUCUGAGACCGUACCAGACCAUGGACGGUGGUGACUGGGAUAACCAGGACGACCAGCGACAACAGAGACAACAGUCGUACGCCAACGGCGGCGGCAUGCAGGACGGAGGAGGGGACCCGACGUCCGACAUGGCCAAAAACGCAUUCGCUGCCGCCAACGACCCGGCAAACCCCAACUAUCAAGACGGCCAGAGGGGAGGAGGAGGACCGCGCUACUCGCAGGCCGAAGGGUACAAUCCCAACAACAAUAAUGCUAAUGAUAACGACCACGACGACGGCGACGAUCACCAACAACAGCAAUACGAUGGCUACGGUCGCAACAUGUCCACGGCCUCGUACGCCAACGGCAACCCAGACAUCCACGACGAAGGCGACGACACGGGCGAACCCAAAAAGGGGUGGUUCGGCCAAAAGUUCCAGUCCUUCCAGUCCUCGCGGCGCCAGUCGGAAUACACCGACGAAGACCUGAUCAAGUACACGGGCAAGGAUAGGUCACAGCUGAGGGAGUGGGCCCAGAACAGGCCGGGCGUCGGGCCCAACCAGGAAGCUGGGAGGGUUGGGACCGACAACGGUCUUGCGGCGGGGGCAGCUUGGAAUUAA